GAGGAGCGCGAGGACGAGGGGCAGGCGGAGGCAGCCGUGCCGGUGGCGAGGGAAGUGAGGCGCGCCGAGGCCGUGAGCUUCCUGCCCUUCCCCACUGAAGCCAUCACGCUGGAGCGCGGUCUCACUCUGCUCAAGGGCAAGGCGUCCACAACCAUGCUGGUUGGGACAACGUCGGACUUGGUGCCGGGCAAGUAUGAAGGCGGGUUCAAGCUGUGGGAGGCGACGGUGGACCUGAUAGAGGCAGUGCGGCAAGACAUGCGGGACGGCACCCUCUCCUUCCGCCGCAAGCACGUGCUCGAGCUGGGCUGUGGGCACGGGCUGCCGGGCAUUCUCGCCUGCCUCAAG